UUUACUAGACGAGUUGUAAAUAAACGAGAACAACAAAUUUCUACAAGAUUUUGUGAUGCACUUUAUCCCCAAAUCGUUUUAGGAAUCUAUUAACCACUAAUUUUAAACGAAAUGGAUUGUUAAAUGAACUUUUCAACGAUCAAGUGACACAAGCAGCGUAAUUCUAGCAAUUAUGUCCGAUUUUGAGGAUGACGUUUUAAAUAGUGAUGGGGAUCUGGAUUAUGAAGUUUGCGAGGAAGACGAAGAAGCCUUGUUAGCCGAUGACCAGGGUUCAAAAAACAGUCAAGUAGUUGAUGCUCGCGAGCGAAUAUUGCAGCGCUCUUUGAGCAAAACUGAGGACGAUUGGGAAGAAGAGGAAGACGACGACGACAAUGAGGGCAGAGGUCGAUUUCUCUCAGAACGAGCUCCAAAUAUUCAAGCAGCUCGCCCGCGAGAGGACAUUCCAGACACUCUGGAUCAAGUCGAGGUUCCUGAAAAUGAAAAUGUAAAUAAUAACAAUAGGCGGCCUCUGAAUUUCCAAAAUCGUGGAAGAGGCGGCCGCAGAGGGGGGCGGUUUUUCCACAGAGGUGGUUUCCGUGGAAGAGGGAGAGGUGGAUUUGGAAUGAAUGGAAAUCUCAGGAGUUUGGGCGACGAUGGCAUGAGAUUUCAGGAACACCCUCCUCCGCUGUUGAAUGCUCCGUCAUCAGCACCUACCAAAAUAUUAAUAAACCCGCACUUCAAAGGGCCCAGACCUCUGCUUAGCACGCCCUCUCACUACCCUGAGCCAGAGGAGCCGCAUCGGAAGUUUCCACCGCCAUUGGUGAAUAAUCCUCCACCACCUGGACCAGGCUACCAGCCAUACAAUCCACCACUGCUACCUCCUCCGCCCCAGUAUCACGAGCCUCAAAGGCCAUACCUGGACCAACCUCCUCCGUACAAUCCACCCCCUCAGCACAGGCCACCUCCGCCACAAGACUGGGGCCAACCAGAGCCGUACUUCCCCAAUCGUCAACAUGGGCAACAUCCCCAGGACUUUCUGCCGCCACAUCGGCCACCUCCGCAGCGCCCCCCUCUGCUCCAGGGACCGCCUCCUCAGCAGCAGCCACCCUACCCAGGACCACCGCCGCACCGAGGCCCAUUUCCUGGGCCACCGCAGCAUCGGCCACUGCCUCCUCAGCAGUAUCCCCCGGCACCCUAUCAGCAGCCGCCCCCUCACCAACCACCCCCAUACUCGCAACCGCCUCCACUGCAGCAGUAUCAACCGCCGCCUUCGCAACUCAACUAUCCGCCUCCUCCCAGUGGUCAACCGCCAUACCAAAUGCAAGGGCAAAUGCCUCCGAUGGGACAUCAACCUCCGUACUAUGAUGACUACAGUGGGCCUCCACCCCCAGUCUAUGCAGCUCAACCAACUCUUCUUCCUCCACCCAUGAAAGAAGACUUCAGGCCCUCCAUCUUCCUAACAGAGAGGUUGGAAAGAAGACGGUCCCGUUCAAGGUCUCCAUACUAUGACCGCUACCGCAGAAGGUCGAGGUCUCGGUCCAGAUCCUACAGUCCACCGCGUAGGUACCGAGAUGACUUGCGGAGACCUCCAGCAAGACGACUCACGCCUGAGCCAAUUCGAAAACCAGCCAGUCGACAGUACUCGCCUCCUCCACCAAUUCGGAAAAGAGAAUCGAGUCCGCCUCCACGCAAACCUGCAAAUCCGGAGGAGACGGCCUACCUGCAAGCCAUCGAGAAGCAGAAGCAAGAAAGAGAAACCGUGUUGAAAAUGAAAGCCAUCAAGAGGAAACUGGAAAUCGAGAAGAAGAAGAGGGACGGAGACAACGUCGUUGCAUCGCCCGAGAAGAAAAGUCCGGCAGUUCCGAGUUCAGCAGCAGCCGGUCCAUCGAGAGAACCAACAAAAGUCAACAUAUUUCCUCAGGACAAUGCUAAUGAAGCAGCCAAAGUUAUCUUGAAGCCCAAAAUAAAAGUGAUAAAGAAAGUCGACCGAGAUGAUUUGCCAGUGAGAAAGAUUUCACUCGUCACUAGAAAUCCUGCAAUUGAUGAGCCAUUAGUCUCAAGGGCGCUAAGUAAGAAUGGAGAAGACUCGUCUGUCAGGCGAAUUUUCACAACAAAGAAGGACGUUGCUGGGAAAACUGUGCUGUCCGUUCUGAGAGGUGCCGAAGGACCUUCCUUAGACGAUCAGUUAUCAAACAAGAUGAUCAAGAAAUCGGUCAUAAUUACUAAGCCGGCCAGUCAAGCUGGUCUCGCAAAAGUGCCAGAAAACCAUGUCUCUCUUGUUUCCUCAAACAAGCAAAUGCGACUAGCGAUUACAAAGUCGGCUAAGCAAGUCAUAGCCGGUGGAGUUACUGUGGCCGUCGAAAACAUAUCCUUGGCCACAACCACUGAAACACUGAAAAAGAUGGGUCUUGGGAUGGGGUUGAAAGCUAUCAAGAUGAAGAAGGCUGGGAGUCAACAGAUGGCCCACAUGAUUUUUGCCAAUAGAGAGGGUGCCGAGAAGUUUGUCAUGUCCAAUCAGAGGAAGCUUCUUGACAAUGCUGUCAUUGACCUGAAAGUUCUCUAAAACACACUUUAUUUUGUAGACAUUUAUAUUCACAAGAAGCCCCAAAAUUAUCAUCUUUUAUUUUUAAUGUAGGCAUUUUGCAUGAAAAUUUUAUCUUUGGAAAAUUUUCAAAAUUUCUCUCGUGCCAAAUGCCUGCUGUUUAAUAUUUUGUGGUAAAAUAUUUCUUUUUUUUCCGAAUAUCAUGAUUUGAGCCAAGAUCUGCAAAAUGGACGUUCCUUUCUUUUGAUCCAUUUAACGCACGCUGAUUAAUUCAAGCGAUUGUCAAUUUACAAAACACAGUUACUUGCGAAUCCAGUUGAAUUCUUAUCUCGUGAGCAUUACGGUAGCAACAACAAGUGGAUAUUUGUUGAUGAGCAGAUAUACACAAUUAAUGUAAGCCCGCUAACUAACAUAGCGAGAAACUUAAAAUAUAAAUAAAUGAUUAUGUGUUAAAAAUUUAUGAUUACCUUUGGUGUAAAAGGUGGAGAAAUUAAUGGGGCAAGAGGAAUGCAUUUAUUGAUUUUUUUUUUUAAAAGCCCCAUUAAUUGCAGCCUUGAGCAAAUUUGUUGAUUACUCUGAACCAUUCAUUUCUCAACUUUUGUAGCCAAACGCUGCAGUUAUUUUCCAGUGUUGACAGAAUCUGUGAUACUUUUAUAUGCAUUGUGUUGGUUGUUUGUCUAUCCAAAAUGAAAUUACUACUCUGUGAAAUUUUAUAAAUUCUGUACAAUUUUACUGCUGUAAAUUUUAGGUGGUCAUCUUGGAAUGGAGGUAAAUAUAUAAUUGUCAAAUUACUCCUGCGAUUGUUUUGCUGCAAAUGGCGUAAUGUAGAUUUUAAACUAACUAUUUUAUGCCGCAAAAAUGAGCAAAACAAUUGUUAUAAAUUUUAUAUAAGUAUUUUUGAACCCAAUUUUAUCCUACGGAUCUCACUUUAAAUCCCUGCCUGAGUGAGGCUUGACCUCAAACAUGUCAUUUUAUAAAAAUUUUGCUUGUUAUUUUCUUGAAAGACAAGUUUCUUCUUUUUUAAAACGCUUGAUUUUAGGCAUUUCCAGCAAAUUGUUUUAAUUUUAAAUUUUUGGACUCCUAAAUCCUAUUUUGCACGAUGAACGGUUUAUUUAUUUUAUUGGAGCAAUUUGCAUGAAUUUUUGUGUAUUAAUUUUGUUCCUGCCACUUAAUCUCAUCCGAUUUCCUCUCGCUUCCCAACAGGUGUAUUCAAAAAUGAUCUCAAGAAAGAAGACUACUUUGUAAUUUUUAGUGCCAUGUUGUAUUUGAAUUAAUGUUCAAAGCAAAACGCGCAGAAUGGCACUGGCUUGCCAUAUAUUCUGCUGAAACGAAAAAAAAAUACUGGUGACUGAUUUUCCACAUCCGUACUCUUGUACAACCAAGGACGAGAAAAAAGUAGCCCAAGAAAAUAAAAGAGACUUCCGUCAAUUUCUAAUUUUGAUACUUA